AUGUGCGAUUUGCUUGGAGGAGUUCGAGGACGGGGACGAGCGAAGCCUUCUCACGGCGUGCUGCCAUGUCUAUCAUAG